AGCUGCUGAAAGAGCAAAGGAGAAAGGAAUUCACAUGCCUACUCUGGUCUGGGAUCUGCAGUGUCAGACUCUGGGAGUGUCCCCUCACUACUCCUGACCUGAGGGUCGCCAUGCCCCAUCUGCCCCCACCCCCUGGGGCUCCUAGAGGCUCAAGCUAAAUUGCUAAGGGAGUCUAAUCCCUCAAGAGCUGGGGAUGAGGGGGCGGGGUGGCCGGCGCCUCUGCCCGCAGCUGCAGGUAGGCACUUCCCCACCCCCGCUGCCCCCUCCUUCCUCCUUCCUCCUCAGCACACACACCCACACAACCCGCUCCAGCCUCGGCUGGAGAGAUGCUCUCAGGCACCCGCGGGCAGCAGCACCUCAUCAGCCAGUAGAGCCGGAGAAGGAGCUGGAGGGCUGGGGUGGCGCAGGAGAUCUGCAAACCAGAACUGGGGACAAUUCUUGUCUUUCUUUCACGCUUUCUUUCUCUUUAAAAAAGCUCCCUUGUUCCCACUGCAACUUGGAGGAGCAGGGAGUGAUUCGAAGGAACUGACGCAGAAGCUUUAUUUAUAAACCUUAAAGAAGUUCUGGGCAAGUCACUCAACAGGACCCGCGAGGCCCGGGUUCCCCCAGCUCCCAGCGCUGGUUCAGCCUGGCAAGCCAACCCACAGCCUCAGGCAGGGGUGCGGGGCGCCCCCUGACUUUGCUUUUGGAGUCAUGACACUACCCGUGGCUUGGACCCAGGUGGUCUCGCUUGGUGAGCGUCCCCACCAGGUGUGAUCACCACUGCGGCUCAGGGACGCUAAGCCGUGGCCAGUAUGAUGGAUGACGACACGGAAUUAAGAACGGAUGGCAACUCACUUUUAAAGGCGGUGUGGCUGGGGAGGCUCAGGCUGACCCGACUCCUCCUGGAAGGUGGCGCCUAUAUCAACGAAAGCAAUGACAAGGGUGAGACGGCUCUCAUGGUGGCAUGCAUCACCAAGCAUGUGGACCAGCAAAGCAUCAGCAAGUCCAAGAUGGUGAAGUACCUGCUGGACAACAGGGCUGACCCCAAUAUUCAGGAUAAGUCCGGCAAGACCGCCCUCAUCCAUGCUUGCAUCAGAAGAGCUGGGGGAGAAGUGGUCUCCUUACUUCUGGAGAAUGGAGCGGAUCCCAGCCUCGAGGAUCGCACAGGGGCUUCAGCUCUGGUUUACGCAAUAAAUGCAGAUGACAAGGAUGCGUUGAAACAUCUCUUGGAUGCCUGCAGAGCCAAAGGCAAGGAGGUGAUUAUCAUAACCACAGAUAAAUCCUCUUCAGGCACCAAAACCACCAAACAGUAUCUUAAUGUCCCUCCUUCACCCAAAGAGACAGACAGACAGUCGCCUCCACUGUGUGCAUCCCCCUCGGACAUUGAACUGAAGGCCCCAGGCCUGGGUUGUCCACCCAGUGAGAAGGAAGAUGACUUCUUCAGCCUCCAGGCAGGGCAUCCAAGUGGCUGCAACACCUCGAAGGCUCUGAAUGACCCCGGGUCACCCACUAGGAAAGUUGGGAACCUCAAAAGGGCCCGUCUGCCCCAACUGAAGAGGCUCCAGUCCGAACCCUGGGGCCUGAUCGCACCCUCCGUGUUGGCCGCCUCCACACGUCAGGACGAGAACCAUGGUGUUGGCACAGACAACGAGGUCAUCAAGAGCAUUAGUGAUGUGUCCUUCCCCAAAAGGGGACCUCUCUCCAGAACCAACAGUAUCGAUAGCAAAGACCCCAGCCUCUUCCACACGGUCACAGAGCAGGUUCUGAAGAUUCCAGCCUCUUCAGCACCGGCAUCGUGGAAAGCAGCCUAUGAGAAAAGUCAGGCUUCCCACCCGCGUCUGGCCAGAAGGGGAACGCUCCCCAUUGACCAAGAGAAGGGAGGUAUCAGCCCCUCAGGUCCCUCUGCUCUCAAAGAUGCAGUGUCCCUUAAGCGGCUGGAAAAUGACCUCUAUGACUUAGAUUUACAGGCAGGGACGGAACUGCCCAACUCUAUUUCCCUUGAACCAGGCAAAGGACCCUUAGAUCGAAUGAAGCUCAACAGUUCCCACCUGUCCCUUUUCCAGGGCUCGAGGGAGUCCCUGGAUACUGUGCCCAGCACAUCCCCCAGCUCAGCACGCCACAGACCACCCCAUCUCCUAGAAAGACGGGGUUCCGGAACUCUGUUACUAGACCGAAUUUCUCAGACCAGGCCUGGCUUCCUUCCGCCUUUAAAUGUCAAUCUGAACCCACCUAUCCCCGAUAUUAGAUCGAGCAGCAAGCCUUCCUCUCCACUUGCUAGUGGCUUAAAAUCCAUGGUUCCUGUAGCCCCAAGUUCACCAAAGAGAGUUGACUUGAGAAGUAAAAAGAAGCUCCUAAGAAGGCACUCCAUGCAAGUUGAGCAGAUGAAGCAGCUGUCUGACUUUGAAGAGAUCAUGACCUAGAAGCUUUCAGAGAGGGUUUUCUUUUUUUUUCUAAAUCUCUAUAGUUUAUGAAAAGUACCAUAAUCUAGACCAACACAGGCACGCAGAUUUUCUGCAUCCCGAACACCCCUUAAUGCUGGUCUGUGGCCGCUUCAGAAGAUACAGGGAACAGGGUGCUGCUUCCCUUCUGAAAUAAUGUCUGGGUUUUGAUAAGAGCUUGAAAAGAGCAGAGAGUAUCUGGGUUUUGAAGAGGAAAUUCCACCCUCCCCCCAAAAAAAAUCUCCAAUGGAAGAAAAACCUUUGGGGUUUGAAAGUCACAGAGAAGGUACAAUGAUCUAAGCUGCUGAUACCAGUUAUUGUCUAUCAGACAGACAAGCAUUUAAAUUAUGAGAUGGUAUUUGGGGUGUGUCGUGUGUCAUAAAUCUAUGAAGUGCCUAUAUAGAAAACGAGGCUUUAAUAUUUGGGAGAUGGUGCCGAAGCUCAAAACCAAUCCUGAGGCUAUGAAAUCUGGGUAGCUGGGUUACAGCUGGAGGAACAGAGGCAGAAUUGUCCCAUCAGAGAAAUUCUAGCAGGUUGGUUCUGCCUCUUACUGUGUGUCAUGGGGUUUAGUGGUAUAGCACACUGAGGUUGAGACCUUACAGAACUCCAGUAACAGACUUUGUUCACGUCCUAAUUUGGCUGUGGUUUGAGUCCCCAAAUAUUCCAUCUACACCCCUACCCCCAAUUCUAUUGUGUCACAGUAGUGGGUGCCUCAGAGAUGAAUCUUGCCCGGGAAUGGCGUUGGUCUCCCACCCUGACACAGGUUCUGUGUUAUAGUCAUGUGAAAAACAGUUGGGGACUAUUAGCUAAUUUGGAGGUCAAUGUUACACAGCUCAUAAAAUAGACCCACAGGAGGCAUUUCCUGAUUGUUCUAAAAACAAACAAACAAACAAACAAAAACUUGGUGAGAUCUCCCCCAAACUAGAAUGAUUCACAAUGAUGGAAUGUGCGAAGAUGGAAAGGCAGAGCCGAUGGUUCUCAGGCCAGAGGUGGUGGGGACCACCUGUAGCCUGAAAAUGUUAAGGGAGGCAAACUGUCAUUUUCCUGUCACUUAUCUGGGUAAUUCAAGAACAUCUGGCUUCUUCUUUGCCUGAAUUAUCUACGUGAUGGGAGAUUUGUCGAAAUAACCUGUAGAACCUUUUAAAGUCACUUUUCACAAACCCAAGAAGGGAAGCAGACAUUUAGCGCAUUUGGUGGAAGGUAGCCACAUUCUCCACGAAGACAUUUCUGGUUAUUUCCUCACUUAUUUUUCCUUUCAUGCUGCUUAGAUAUAUUUGCUCUAAUGUUAAAAAAAAAAAUCAGUAGUCCUUGGGGAGAGCAUCACAUAGAGGAAAGAAGAAAGGCCUUGAGAUCUGGAUUUGCAUCUCUGUUUCAUCAUUUACCAGCUGGGGGACCUUGAGGAAGCAGCUUAACUUCAAGCUUCCCCUCCCUCUUCUGUAAAAUGGGGUCAGUAAUGCUUUGCCUUGCAAGGGUGUGGUGAGAAUUAAAUGAGAUAAUGUAUGAAAGAGCUUGUAACUGUGCCUGGCGCAGUCAGAAGUAACUGGAUAAGAGGUGACAAGCUGUAAUAUUUUUCAGACCUCUGAACCCUCAAAAUCUCAAAUAAUACAUAAUACCUUACACAAAGUGAAGUAAAGUCUAGCCGGAAAAAGUCAAGUGUCCCUUUGAGAUGCUCAGGGGUUCUAUAAAGGCUGAGCCCUAGGCUCAUUUGUAAAGGAAAUUAAAUUCUGCCACAGAAGCUCUGCAUAUCAGUCCGUUUCUACAAUGACAUUUGCUAGAAGUUUAUCUGAAUAUCCCAAUCGAAAGCGCUAAUGAUGGUUAUGAAUGCACCAAGUGUUUUGUUUUUAAGUAAUUCCUUAGGGCAGGCACAUACUCAACCUCGGCACUAGUGACAUUUUGGGUGGGAUAGUUCUUUGCUGUGGGAGGCUGUCCUGUGCCUUGUAAGUUGUUUAGCAGCAUCCCUGGCCUCUACCCCCUUGAUACCAGUUCCAUCUUCUGCCCACAUUGUGACGACCAAAAAUAUUUCCAGAUAUGGCCAGACAUCUCCUGGAGGCAAUAUCCCCCCCCCCGCCCCAGCUGUUUCUACUGCUCUAGGAGGACCACUGUGUAGAUGGCAGUAACAGGUCAAGAGAAAUGAAACUGCCUGUGCAGGCUGGCUAGGAGGGCUCUCACAAUAACUUAACGGCAAGCCAAAUUGUGAUUUGGUAAGAUGACUAAUAUGUAACAUGGGCCUUCAGGAUUCUUGGCAUGAGUGCCCCUUGUACGUUGCAGGAAGGGUAGAAAAAUGGGAAGAAGAGCACGUAAGCCAGUGACAAUCUAGGGCUCCUGGAUUUGGUUUUACGUGGACAACCCGUAAGGACCACUUAGAUGGUAAUAGUUCUCACCAAGUGGACAGGAUUCCAGGCAAAGCAACGACUCUGCAAUGCAUUAAAGAGAGAACCAGACAGACAACAAUUGUUCUCAGCAGCUCGUUAAACAGACACACACACACUAUCUUAAAUACUUUUCCUGUGGUCCUUAGUGUCAGUUAAAACUAACCUCGGCUAGCAGUAUCUAACUGUGGGGAUAGCCAGACACUGCAUAAGAGAAUUUUUCUUCAUCUUCAGCUAAGAUUUGAAAGCCUAAUUCAUCCUCAGUCGUGAACGUGGUACAUUCGUAGCAAUUAGCUUAUAGGUGAAGCGCUGAACAUGAGGAGCUGCCCACUAAGAAUAGAGCCUGUCCCUCGCACCAACGUGCAAGAGGUACGCUCACGCCCGUCACUGCCUGCAUCCGUCAGUCGUGACCUUUUCACUGAUCUUUCCGUAGACAGUCAUCAGGAUAGCACCUUGUUUUAUCACACUCUGACGAUGCGUUAGUUGAAUUAGGCUAUUCCAAACUAGAACAACUGCCGCAAUACUCAAUUAUGGUUAAUACAUACGUGGGCAACUUUCUUCAUGUGACCAAACCUUACAGGAAUGCUUUUUAAAAGCAUCUUUAGAUUCAAACAUGCUUUCUCGAUUAGAGAUGAUGGGGAGCCUUAGCGUCACUACAGAAGUUAGCUGCAAACUGUAGUUUUAAUAACCCAUCUACUUAAGACUCUUUGGAAUGUUUAUCAAAAUAUACUAUAGGAUGUGAGUCUAAAGUGGAAUGCCUGGAGUUGGGGUUUAAUUCCUAGACAUUCCAAAGCCUUUGUUUGUGUGCUUAAGUCCACUGUUGAUUCUCCUAGAAUUUCACCCAGUAGAUGCAGGUUUCGUUUGACCAUUCUCCUUUGUGUGUGUUGGUACUUCAGAUGUACUGUGUGUUGCUUGAACUGGUUCUCUACCAUGUUCUAUCCUAGUCUCAAGCUGACGAUGUGCUCAGGAUGUAUCAAAAUCCAUGUAAUGGAACUAUUUAGAUAUUUCUAAUACAUCAAUAAAAGAUAUAUUGCAAUCCUUCAA